UUGGCCACUUUCGGCCCUUGACAGCCGUUUGACAACUGUCAAACCGCGUUAAAUUUUAAAUAUUAAAAGAAUGAAAAUGUCGUAAGUGCGCGAUUAUGGCCACUUAUCUCACCCCGAACCGGCACGGCUACAGCGUCCGGUUCUCCCCCUUCAACCCCGACCGCUUGGUGGUGGCGACAAGCCAGUACUUCGGGCUGGCCGGUGGUGGCACCCUCUUCAUCCUAGACGUGAGCCCCGAAGGCAAGCUUUGCGAGACGCAGUCGUACCAAUGGUCCGACGGCCUGUUCGACGUCGUGUGGUCGGAGUGCAACCCCAGCCUGGUGGUGAGCGCGUCCGGGGACGGCGGGCUGCAGCUGUGGGACCUGUCGUCGCCCAACAGCCCCCCGGUGACGCUGUGGGAGCACAAGAAGGAGGUUUACUCGCUGGACUGGUCGCGGACGCGGCAGGAGCAGCGCAUCCUGAGCGCGUCCUGGGACUGCUCCAUCAAGCUGUGGGACCCCAAUCGACAAUCAUCGAUCAGCACGUUCUGUGGCCACUCGCAGCUGGUCUACAACGCGAUGUUUUCCAACCAUAUGCCCAACUGCUUCGCGUCCGUGUCGGGGGACGGGAGCUUGAAGCUCUGGAGCACCCUGAACCCCCAGAGCCCCACGUCGUCGUUUCGGGUGCACGAUGCGGAGGUGCUGGCCUGUGAUUGGUGUAAAUACGACGAAAAUAUGCUGGCGACGAGUGGGUCGGACGGACUGAUUCGCGGGUGGGACAUUAGGAAUUACACGCAGCCGGUGUUUCAAUUGAAAGGGUGCGAGUAUGCGGUCAGGAGGGUGCAGUUUUCGCCGCAUAACGCCACGGUUCUGGCGUCGGUCAGUUACGAUUUUACGACAAGGAUUUGGGAUUUUAAACAGGGUUGUGACGCUUUAGAGACUAUUAAGCAUCACUCGGAGUUCGUGUAUGGGCUGGACUGGAAUACUCAUAGAAAGGGGCAACUGGCCGAUUGCGGGUGGGACAGUUUGGUUCAUGUUUUUACCCCAAAAUGCCUCGAUAGUUAUAACUGAAGACUGGAGUCAGUUCCUAAUAUUUGACCAAUUGGUUCAAUCAUGAAGAAGGUCGGCUCGUAUGAAUGAAAUGAGGUGGCAACGAUUAUUCUGAAACGGUUUUUGUUCAUACGACCCUUGUAGCCAAUUUACAGAUAAUGUUGAUUUGUUUUAUGGGUUCAUGACGAAGACUGAAAUGUCUCUAAAUUGUUUUAACCGUAAUUUGUUGCUUUUAUUUUUUAUAUUUGUAUUGAAAAUUCUGAAAUAAAUUUGUAAAAAAAUUAA